AUGGUUUUUUUCUCCAAUGUUUGCAGCGUUUGUGAAGUAUUUGAAGCGGAAAGUAUCGAUAUAGGCUUGCAAACGAAGGUUGAUGAUGAACUUCAGAUAAAUUUUGGUACCAAAGCUUUGCCGGACGUUAUAGAAGGCGAGGAUCUGCUUAAGUGGUGUAAAAGGGUAACUGUGGAUUAUCCAUCAGUGAAAAUAAAUGACUUCACAAAGAGUUUCCGUUCUGGUCUUGCGUUCUGUGCAAUUAUUCACCGCUAUCGUCCAGACCUGUUUGAAUCGUUCAGUAAAUUAGAUUUCACAGAUUCACUCAGUAGUCACAUUGACAAUUGUCAUAAAGCAUUCCGCGCGGCUGCUCUGCUUGGAGUUGAAAAAGAGAAUUAUUUGGUACCAGCCAUCUUUCGGAGUCAUAGAGUAAAAAUCAACGUUUGUUUAUAUGACUUCAGAACACUGGAUGCUGGUGUUGUUGUUACCUUGCCGGAUCGAAAUGAAAUACGAAGUUUUCUGUCUGAAUUACGAAUGCGUCUUGUCGAUAUUCCAGCUGUUCAACGUGAACUUAGUGUAAAAGAAUCGGAUCAUCGCUUAUCGUCACUUUUCAAUCUUUCGGAAUCAGAGACAAGUGUAAAAUUUAAUUCUUUUACUGGAAUUCGACAGCGUGAGCGUGAUGAAGCCAUUGACCUGACUAAUAUCCCGGAUGAAGAUCACACGAGAUUCAGUGCUGUAACACCAGGCUCUCGCAAAAUUGAAAGUUUGACGGAAAAUGUUCGACUACGACCUCGAAAGUUUGCGAAUCCUUUCGAUUCUGAUUCGGACUCAGAUGGUGCCAACAAAUAUGUCGCACAUUUAACUGUUGUUCCACAAACAAGCUCAACAGUUCGUUCAAUAACUGAUAAUAUCAGUGGAAACGAAAUUUCCAUUUCACCUGUUGUUGCUGCUCGUCAUGAGGAAUUAAUGAAAAAACGUCAACAAAUCGCUCCUGUAAUUACUGAUUCCGUAGAUGCAGUUGAACGUGAAAAACACCGAGAGGAAGCUCGACGUCUCAUGAAUGACGCAGCUUCAGAUGGCAUGACGAUGAUAGUAGGUGGCAGUGUACCUACAACAGCGCAUCAGUCACUUUCAGGUUUGGAGAUUUUUUUGAGCAUAAAAGAACGAAAUUUAUUUUUAAAUAUAAUGUUGCCAUUAAAUUUGUUUUUAGCAUGUUUUGUUGCUAUGGUUUGCUGUCGUUUAUUUUUGUAUAUUAAACUAGCUUGGCAUGAACAGACAUCAGAUUUGGUCCGAAAAUUGUCAUCGUCUUGUGUCGUCCAACAAAAUGGAGAAAACGGUUUGCGUACUCUUGUUGAAAAUAUAAUCUUGAUUAAGAUUCGAAAGAAUAAUCUCGAUGUAACACUGGAUCGUGCUAGGAGAUAUGGUAGUAUGCGCGGUCAGGAAUUGGUUGAAACAGUAGCGAAAGUUGCAGGAAGAGCGUUGGCAGCUUCUCUUGAAACCACAAAAAAUCCUGUAAGUGUUACACCUACAAGGAAGCUCAUUUCUCAGUGGGAGAAAGAUGGUGCUGAUUUGGGAAAAAUUCAGUCAGAAUUGAGUCGUCUUUCAAAAUGUUUGGCUCAAGUUUCUGGUGAAGAUGAAAUAAUUUGCUCCCAACUGAUGAAAACAAAAGUUUCAUCAGAAGAAGAGGAGCGUUUGCUACAGGAACAUAUGAGGUUAUUAACAGAAAAAGAUGCCAUAGUGAGGCGAACAGAAUAUUUUAAUGUCUUGGAACAGCUCCGUGAGGUGGAAGAUCAAAUAACUAAGUUACAGCAUGAACUAAGCUCUGCUUCAAAUAUUGAUCAAGAUUGCAAGACUGAAGAUGAUAAGCAAAAAAUUGAUAAAAUGGUGGAAGAUUUGGUUGCCUUUGUGAACAAGAAAGAUUGCUUAUCACAGAAAUUGAUAAGUCAUGAAGCCGAGGAUGAGGAGAUAGGCGAAAGAGAUCGUCUAACUCUAGAAGCUGCUGCUAAUUUUUCUCGUGGCCUUGAACAACCUUUAUCAGCUUCUAAAAGGUUCAUUACUUGGUUUCGAUCUGAAAUUAGCAGCUGA